AUGGCGACCAUUGCGGACGAGCUGUUCAACGACUUCGAGGACUCGGGUGACGAGAAUGAGGAGGAGCGAGUUGAUGACAAGUACUUUGGUGAGUCUGGUGAUGUGUCAAAGACAGCGGGCGGCGUGAAGAGCGAGGCGGGCAGCGGACAGGAUGGAGCGAUGGAGCUGGAUGGAGACGAAGAGGCGGCAGGCGAUGAUGUGGAUGGCAGCAACGUGCCAAGUCACUUGAAGAUGGAGGAAGACGAAACGGAGGAGGAGACCAAGGCACGCGUGGAGAAGAUGGCGCUGCAGAACGUGACCGACGUGCGCAGCGUGGCAGGUCUAAUGAAGCAGCUGGAGCCAUUGCUUGAGAAAAUCCAAUACUACAAAAGCUUGCCACCAGGCCAGGAGACCCAAAACAUUGGCCGGAUUGAGGACAACCCGGAAUACCAGCUCCUCACGCAGUCGAACACUCUUUCCACUGGUAUCGAUAGCGAGAUCAUCCUUGUCCACAAGUUCAUUCGCGAUCACUACUCGGUGCGCUUCCCAGAGCUGGAGACGCUCAUUCAGAAUCCGCUCGACUACGCCAAGGCAGUUGCUAUCAUCGGCAAUGGACCGAUGGAAGACAUUCGAAAGAUCAGCGAGAGCAACGACAAUAUCGUGGGUCAGACCUUGAAGCAAGUCCUCGACGGCCCAUCUCUCAUGGUCGUUACUGUCGAGGCAACCACCACGACUGGCACCCCGCUUUCAGAGUCCGAGUUGGCCACCGUGAAGCGCGCAUGUCAGAUGACACUCAAGCUUGAUAACGCCAAGAAGGUACUCACUGACUACGUGCAAUCGCGCAUGUCCAUGUUCGCACCCAACCUGACGGCACUUAUCGGAUCGGCGACUGCCGCGCAACUCAUCAACUAUGUCGGAGGGAUAUCAGGCCUGUGCAAGACCCCAGCUGCCAAUUUACCAUCCCUUGGCAACAAGAAGAGUGCCAGAGCGACUGGUCUUGCUACCAACGUCGGUGUGCGGAACCAAGGCGUGCUCUAUCACAACGAGAUCAUUCGCGCGGUUCCCCAAGACUUGAAGAAGCAGGCCAUGCGUAGACUGGCCGCGAAAGUCGUGCUUGCGGCUCGAGUAGACGCUGCCCACGAAUCUCCUUCAGGCGACCAAGGUCUGCUUUUCGCUGAUGAAGUUGAGAAGGCCAUCAACAAGCUCUCGGAAGCACCACCAAACAGCGGAGUGAAAGCUCUGCCAGCUCCAGAUGACAAACCAUCGCGUAAGCGUGGUGGACGCCGAGUGAGGAAGAUGAAGGAGGCUACCGCCAUGACUGAUCUGCGCAAAGCUCAGAACCGCAUGGUGUUUGGUAAAGAAGAGGCUGAAGUCGGGUAUGGUGACAGCACAAAGGGUCUGGGUAUGGUUGGAGCGCAAGACGACGGACGUGUGCGAGCUCAGCAGAUCGACAACCGGACCAAAGCGAAGCUCUCGAAGAAGAAUGCAGGUUGGGGUGGUGCGACUCCUGCGAGCGGGACUGCGACGUCUUUACGCGGAUUUGGUGGUGGUCCGAGUACUCCCGGAGCUCUCAAAGCUCAAGGUCUGCGAACGAGCGGCGUGGGUUCGGGCUUGAGGACCAAUGUCGGCAACACCGGUGGUACCGUGUCGACGAUUGCAUUCACUCCAGUCCAAGGACUUGAGUUGGUCGAUCCGAAGGUGCGCGAUGAGAUGAAUCGCAAGCGCAAGGCUGAGGAGGAUCGCUGGUUCAAGGGAGGAACCUUCACUCAAGUCGGCGGUGGCACGAACACGAGCGGUCCUGCGAAGGUGGACAGCCAAGGCUUUGCCGUGCCAGCUCUGCCCAUCAAGAAGCAGAAGCAGGGAGGGUGA